GCAGGAUUUCUAGUUUCCCAACCUGAUGUGAUCUUCCAGGUCGAACAAAGGGAAGAGCCAUGGGUCCCAGACCUCCAGGAUUCAGAGGAAAGAGAGAUCCUGAGAGCUCCUUGCACAGGUGAUGCAAUAGUAUGUGAGAAAGAGGAGCAGAAUUCUCAGCAGGAAAAUGUCGAGCAAGUGGAUAAACACAGAGCAUUAUUGCAAACAUCGAAAAGGAAUGUGUCCAGCAGUCAUGAAGAGGGAGAAUGCUGUGAGAUUCAGCACAGACCAGAAAAAGAGCAGGGAAACCAGCCAGGGAAGAAAGAGGGUAAAUUUAUUUCCUGUCAGGGAACUCAGAAGGGCCUCAAGGAAACCACAACACAGCAGGCAAUCCUCAGGGGAGAGAGAAAAAAUAGAUGCACUGAGUGUGGGAAAAACUUCUUUAGAAGAUCAGACCUUUCUGAUCAUCAGAGAAUCCACACAGGGGAGAGGCCCUACAAAUGCAGUGAGUGCGGGAAAAGCUUCACUAACAGAUCAAGCCUCUUUCAACAUCAGAGAAUCCACACAGGGGAGAGGCCCUAUGAAUGCCGUGAGUGUGGAAAAUGCUUUGCUAACAGCUCAGCCCUUUCUGAACAUCAGCGAAUCCACACAGGGGAGAGGCCCUAUGAAUGCCAUGAGUGUGGAAAAUGCUUCACUCACAGAUCAGCCCUUUCUCAACAUCAGAGAAUCCACACAGGGGAGAGGCCUUAUGAAUGCAGUGAGUGUGGGAAAAAUUUCACUUACAGAUCAGUACUUCUUCACCAUCAGAGAAUCCACACAGGGGAGAGGCCCUAUGAAUGCCGUGAGUGUGGGAAAAGCUUUAUUACCAGCUCAGACCUUUCUGUUCAUCAGAGAAUCCACACAGGGGAGAGGCCCUAUGAAUGCCGUGAGUGUGGGAAAAACUUCACUCACGUAUCAGGCCUUUUUCAUCAUCAGAGAAUCCACACGGGGGAGAGGCCCUAUGAAUGCCGUGAGUGUGAAAAAUGCUUCACUACCAGCUCAGCCCUUUCUGAACAUCAGAGAAUCCACACAGGAGAGAAGCCCUAUGAAUGCUGUGAGUGUGGGAAAAACUUCACUUACAGAUCAGGUCUUUUUAACCAUCAGAAAAUCCACACAGGGGAGAGGCCUUAUGAAUGCCGUGAGUGUGGGAAAACCUUUAAGUGCAGUUCGCACCUUAUUAGGCAUCAGCGAAUCCACACAGGGGAG